AUGUGUCAACACGAUGACCCACAACAGAAGCUACCUGUCUUGGAACACCGCCUCAGUGAUUUGCUCUCGCACAAGGCGGGACCCUACCUGCAAAUUGAAGCUGACCUCCUUCGAGGUGUGUCGCUUCGAAGCACACUUAGAGGGUUAGGAUGGCUCUGGCGAAGCCAUCGCUUUAAAGUCCCUGAUGCCACAUGGCGCCGUCAGUGGCAAACUUCGCGCCCUGUGAAAACCUACAAGGUCUUUGUUUCCCACACGUGGAAGACAUCUGGUCUCCCUAAAGUGCUUGCGCUUAUGCUGAGCUCUUGCUGGUGGCACGCGCUUGCUUCUUGGGCUGUGACAUGCGCAGCUGUCAUUGUGGUGCACGCCUACGUGCCAAGUCUACCUAUGCCCUUCAGCUUUCAGUGCCGCGUGAUGGGCUUUGUGGCAGCGUGCCCGCUCGCACCAUGGACUCUGAUUGCCGGGUCUUUGGGGUUGAUAGUCGGCCUCUUUGGUGGCCCAUACUAUCCCCACAGCCUUUGGUGGGGCAGUGACUCGGACAUGUGCUUCUUGGACGUUGCCUGCAUCCAUCAAGCAGAUGAUGAGCUGAAAGAACGUGGUAUCUAUGGUAUCGGUGGUUUUCUGCGACAUGCGGAGGAGCUGCGCGUCUUGUGGACUCCGCCUUACCUCUCACGACUGUGGUGCAUUUUCGAGCUGGCAGCCUAUCGCGUGGCGAACCCCUCCGGGAGGAUCACUCUCGCACCCAUAUUCAUCGAGCAUUCUGUACUCUUCCUUUUGCCUGCCAUGUGGAGCGCCUCGUGGAGCUACUGGCUGGCUCUUACCAUUGGCUUGCAGGACUAUGGCUACCUGAUGAGCGAGGCGCUUCCAAUUGGAUUUGCCAUGCUCCCAGUUUUGGGCUUUGUGCACGGCCUCCGACGUCUUUUCUGCGAAAAACACCGGCUCUUUGAUGACCUUCAGAGUUUCAAGCUCGAAUCCGCUGAGUGCACCGAGUUGUUUGACCACAUCUUCGUUAACUCAGCGAUCCAGAAGUGGUAUGGCAGUACCGAAGAGUUUGAGGAUUUUGUCAAAGGGCCUUUAUUUUGCGAGAUAUCCGGCAACUCCACACAGGCUGUGGAUGUGCCGUUGCAAUACUGCCUUCUCCUUAGCACAGGGCCACUCAGCGUAGGCAUGGAUGAAACUAUAUCUCUGUGGGCCGGAGGGGCUUCAACACCGAUUGCAUCCUGGCUGUUCUGUUAG